AUGCCAGAGAAAGAAAGCACUGUAACGAAAAUAAAUACUAAGAAUACGCAAAUGGAGAAAAAUUCAGCAUUGCAAGGUAAAGCGCCAAAAUGCACCGGAUGUGAAGAAAGAUGUAUUUCCAAACAACCAUCAGAGCAUCUCAAAUUUCCAGCAACUAGGGGUGAAUCAGGAACUCGUAACUCGCUGCGGAGAAAACAAGCUAAACAACACCCUUGUGCAUCCGCAGUGGUAAUUGUAGCCGAAUCCGUACUCGCAAAUGAAUGUGCAACAGUGCUAAAAUUUUUAGGUUCACAACAUGGAACAACAAGUAAUGUCAAUGUUUUAUGGGCUGUCUUGGUAAUAGUAUAUGUUACUUUGCACCUUUUCCUUGCACUAGUAUUCCAUGCCAUAAGGAAAAGACAAAGAAUGAAGAGUGGAAAGAAGGAAAGGUAG